AUGGCACUAAUUCUACCUGUGGGCAUGGGACGCCAAGGCUUGUUAAGCCGAUCCCCCUCUAUGGAAAUUGGGCGUCUCUGGUUGUCGAUGACGAGGGGCAAAAGGUCCGGAAAGGGCACUGAGGAUUCCAAACGCAGAUUCUGGUCCCACGAUCGUUUUGAGGUCGCUGAAUGUAAAAAGCCAAAUGGUGUAGAGAUGAGUUAG